AUGGCCGACUCUGCGGUGUCAUCACUCGCUCACACUCAUGAAAUGCGGAGUACAAAACCUCAGUCGACCCUUCUAAACACUCUCGCCCUCUACCGCUGGUUCCUCCGCCUCACCCGCGUCCUCCAAUUCCUCUCCGCCAUCAUCUCCUUCGGCCUCUUCUCCUCCAAAAUCUAUAAAAUCUACCGCCUCAUCAACCGUGUCAAAACCUACCGUGGCAUCUCCGGCUCCGACAGCGCCGUCGAAAGCAUCCUCGCCAUGAUAAUAACGCUUCUGCUCCGCGGCGGCGGCCCAAAGUGGCUGCGAUGGUUCUGGGUCCUGCUCGACCUCGCGUUCGUCGGCGCCUUCAUUGCCGUUUCUGUUUUGACUAGACCCGCGGGUGGGCCAGAGGGCCCGAGUCGCUGCUACACGAAUAGGAGGUCAACCACGAGCCCUAGUGCGGUUGCUACGGGUAAGAAGACAAACGGCAAUGAUUCGAAGUGCAGUUUGCCUUGGGGAACGUUUGUCUUGGCUAUUUUCAGCACGUAAGUUGUAAUAAGAAGCAUCGUACGGAU